AUGGAAAAGUAUAAAGAACUCGAUAAUCAGAUAAUUAAUCACAAACUUUUUGAAAAGUAUUGUCAGUCUCAAAAUUAUUAUUACACACGAGAUAUUAAUGAUAUUUUAAGUGAUGCUACUACAAAAUGUGUAAUCAAAUAUAAAGAUUGUAAUUUUUAUGAUGAAUAAGUAUAAUGAUAUCUUUAUUUAGGAUGAAUACCUUAAACGAAUAUACAAAAUAGAUGAAUAUCCUUCUAAAAUUUAAUUACUAGCUGAAUAUUAUAAAGUAUUCUUUAAAAUAAUAAUGAUUUAGUUUCAUAAUGAUAUUGCAAGAAUGUUUUAAGAACCUGUAGCAUCAAUAUUAAAUAAAUAUUAUGAUAAAAAGAGGAAAUAUGAAUAUUAUAGAAUAGCUAAACUUAUUGAAGAUGAGAAUAAGAAAAAUCCUCAUAAACCACCAAAAGGAAUUGUUGGAGAUAAACCAUCUCCUUUAAACUCUUAAGAAUCUCAUUAAAACAAUGAUUAAGAAUAAAAUGAAUCAAAUCUAGAAAAUAUCUAAAUAUUAAAAGAAUUAAGUUGUUUAAAUUAAUUAUAACAAGUAUUUUGUUAUUUUUAUUUUCUAGUAAAUUGAUAAACCAGUUAAGAUUAGAUUAGAUGCAUCCUAAACUUUAAAUGAAAUUUGUAAAUAAAUAGGUAAUUGUGAUGAAUAAUCUUCACUAUUUAUACAAUAAAUUGCAAAAACAGAAGAAAUUAAAUUAGAAAACUUUCUCUCAUAUUUAAACAAAAAAUAACUAAGUACAAAUAAAUCUACUAAUUAACCUUCUGAUCAAUUGAUCUAAUCAUUAUUAUAACUAUAAUAACAACCAAAAAACUACACUAAUAAUUACAAAAAAAUUGAAAUCAAUCAUUUAAUUAAAACUUAAACUAAUGAAAUUCUUAAUAAUAACAGAAAUUAUACAUUUGUUAAAAAUUAAUUAGAUUAUCUUAAGAAAAAAUAAGAUAAAAAUAAAAUAUCUAUUGAUGAAAUGGCUACUAAAAUUGAUAGUAAAUUAAGCGAAUCUUUGAAAUAAAAACCAAAAAAUUAAUUAAUAACAAAUAAAAUUAAUUAUUAAAAUACAUCACCUACAACUUAAAAUAAACCAAAAAUCACAAUAGGAUCAUUUACUCAUAUUAAGACUUAAUAAUCUCAAACUAAUCAUAAUAAAAAUUAUCUUGCUAAAUUAUUAAUUGACGAUGAUUAGGUUGUUUCUGAUAUAAAAUGGUAAAAUGGAGCUUUAACUCAUCGCCCUAUAUCUGAAACUUAAAAUUUUUUUAAUUCUGACAGAAAUAGUGCCUUUUUAAGAAAAUUGAAAUCAGAAAAUUUUAAAUUUUAAAAAGCAAAAACAUAACAUCAAUACAAUAAUCAUUUCAAUACAAAUACUUAGAGGAACAGCAAACCAAAAUCAAGAAAAACUACUUCCUAAAAUAUUCAUAUAAGACAAGCUUCAAAUUAAGAAAAAUUAAACACUUUUCAUAAUAAUGAUCUCAAUAAUCAUAAGUAUAAGAACUCUAGAAUAGUAUUUUAAGAGUUUAAAUAAUUUUAAGGACAUAAAAAACAUUUAUCUGAUAGUAAUCAAAAUGAAUAAUUAAAUGAUUUAGUAUGUUUAACUGAAAGAGGACCUAGUUUUGAAUUUCUAUUUAAAAACAAUCUUAAUUAAUAGAGCUCACCAAAGGGGCAUAAUUUUAAAAAAACGAAUAGUGGCCCCUUGAAUCCACCAAAACUAGGUAAUCCUUAUGAAAAAGGAACAUUAAUUUAGUAAAUGAUAAUCAAAGUAACAAAAAAAAACUAAAAAUAAUAAAUUAAUAAUAAUAACAAAAUAUCAUACAAACAUUCUUGA